AUGACAUCUUCGUUGACAUUCAAACGUAAGAGGUCACCCGAGUGGUCUACCGAGGCCAUAACAAAGCGUUUCUGUGAUCGUGCAUCUCCGGUCAGCUCGAUCGGAGGAAUUCCCGAAGACGACAUCUCGCAAGUCCUCUCGUAUGAAGAAUUCCAACACCUCGACCUUUCAGCUCAGAAAGAAUACUUCGAUGAAAUAUGCAAAGCUUUUCACGACCAAGAAUGUUUCAGCAAAUCGUGUCCUCGCAUUGAUAUGAUGAUUCUUCAGCAUUACGAUAAAGACAGUCGAUUGAGCAAGGAGGAGAAGGAAGACGCCUAUGCUCUACAAGAGGACCUGAAAGAAAAAUGGAGAUUGUCAUAG